AUGGCGAUCCUCGACGACGUUCAAGUCGGCGAUGUCGUGAAUGUUCCUGGGGGGAUGUACGGGACGGUCCGGUAUCUGGGUACUGUCGCCGGGAAGCCAGGCAAAUUCGCAGGAAUCGAGCUGGCGCCAGAGCAUGCCAGAAGAGGGAAAAACAAUGGCGAUGUGGAAGGGAGGAAGUAUUUCAAGACCUCGACCCCCGGCUCAGGCAUCUUUGUCCCUAUGAACAGCAACCGAUACGUCACAAAGAGAUCUUCCACAUCUGCCCUGAUGGUGAACACCGCCCCUCCGACCCCCUCGCGACCGAUCAACUUCAGCAAAUCCGUCGGUCCGAGCCCCGCAGUUCACCGGGCGCGUGUCAGACGCCCGUCGUUGCCUCGCCCGGAAUCCCCACGAGGUCCUCCUCCCUCCAAGGUCAGUCUCGCCGGCCUCCGUACCCCAUCUACGGCCUCCCGAGCAGGCCCGAGCCCCAAUGGCUAUCCCCGGAGUCCAGUCAAGGCUCCGUCCCGCGCCUCGGAUCGGCCGCCCUCGCGCUUGAGUGUGGAGGAUGAUAUGUCUUCGGUAAGAACGUCGGACUUUCAUCGCAGCUCAAUGGCCUCGGAAGUGCAGGAGUUGAGGGACCAGAUCAAGAGCCUGGAGAGGCAGCUUUUAGAUCGUGAUAGGCAGCUGGAGGAACAGGCCAAUACGCUGGCCGAAUUUCACAGGACAAUUGAGGAUCUGGAAGGCUCGGAUGCACUUUCGAUCAGGGCUCAGCUGCGCGAGAAGAACGACAAGAUUGCGCAGCUGACAGCGGAGUUUGAUCUCCAUCGUGCCGACUUCAGAAGCACCCUUGAUACUCUUGAGGUGGCUGCCUCAGAAACUGAAAGGGUCUACGAAUCACGACUGGAUGAGCUGAUGCAGCAGAAUAAGGAACUACAAGACCGGGGGGAGGAUGUCGAAGCCGUCGCUAGACAGCUUAAGCAGCUGGAAGAGUUGGUUUCAGAGCUCGAGGAGGGCCUCGAGGAUGCACGACGCGGCGAGGCCGAGGCUCGGGCCGAAGUCGAGUUUCUUCGUGGUGAAGUCGAGAGGACCAAGCUUGAGUUGAAGAAGGAACGGGAGCACUCUGCCAUCAUGUUACGGGAUGCCCAUUCGAGCCCGGACGGAAGUCGGCAUUCCAAGGAAUUGGAUCAGAAAGAUGAUGAGAUCCGUGGUCUGAAAGCUAUCAUUCAUUCAUUGAGUCGUGGCGAUCCAAACUUCCCUGGACUGCAGCAAAACGACAUUUCGGCAAAUUCGCGGCAGGACCACGAUUCCGAACAAAUCACACACCUGGAACAACGUAUCCAGGAAUUUGAGCAUGCCAACGAGAGCAAGACCUAUCGCAUUGAAGAACUCGAGCGUGAACUCCAGCAGAUGCGGCUACACAAUGGCACUCGUACCCGUAGCUCUACGAUAAGCACAUCAACUACCCAUCACAAACCUUCCAGCUCGACGGGGAAUAUCGGUGCCGCAAAUACCAUCAACCAAGUCCAUCGCCUGUCUGACCGCACGGUGGUCCCUAAUGACUGGCUAGAUACACCUCAACAUGAAGGGCCGCAGUAUCAGGCGUACUCGGUGCACCACCGAAGAGCUUCGGAAACCUCCCGCCAACGACUGGAGACCAUGCACGAGUCUGAUGGCCGCUCCGAUGACGGUACAUCGUUGUGGUGCGAGAUUUGCGAGACUGGUGGGCAUGAUAUCCUUAGUUGUACAAACAUUCUGGGUGCCGAAAACAAGGAUGAAGAUGUACAGCGUGUCGAGCAGUCUCAUCAUGAGGGCUCCGUCGACGGCAAGUCCACUCCGGGGACAUCUAUUGCUGGCGAGUCACUGCCCUCAAAGGAUGAGGAUGGGGCCACUCCUCGAAAGACCGGACGGGAUGCCGUCCUGGAGGGUUUAAAGGGCAUCGGCGGGGGACUCACUGCUUCCAUGACACCUGUUGCUGGGAAAGCAAGUGGGGUGAUUGAUGAGACAAAAUGGUGUGCCCUGUGUGAGCGAGACGGUCAUGAGAGCAUAGAUUGUCCCUUUGAUGACUGA